AUGGACGCCCAGGACAAGCCCAUCCUGGUUGCGGCCGCCUUCAACUCGCCCGGCCAUACGACCGGGCUCCUGACGAUCGCGGAGCACCUGGUCAAGAGGGGGUUCAGGCUCUAUUUCAUCGCCGGACCUGGCUACCAGGCCGCCAUCGAGCAGAUUGGCGCUGAGUUUGUCAAGAACGAGUGGGCGUGGGAGCCGCUGGUGGCCACCGCCCCGCCAGACGCCGACGAGCCGUGGUUCUUCAAGCACGUCUUCGGCGAUUCGGUCCCGGUCGCCCACCGCAUCCUCAAGGAGACGCUCGAGCGCGUUCGCAGGGAGCACCCUGACCGUGAAGUUGUCAUCCUGAACGAGAGCAUGUCCGGUGGGCUCGGGCCUUUCUGCUACGGCGCCCCGCUGCCGGAGGGGUAUGCAUCUCUGCCCAAAGCCAUCACUUUCCACACCAGCAUCUACGUCGCGACCGACUACAACGUCCCCCCAUUCGGCCCGGCCUUGGAUUAUGACCCUACGCCCGAGAACCUCGCCCUCUGGCGAUCCACCUACGACGCCAUGCGGCCCAUCUGGACCGGCGUCAGCGAGUACUACUCCGACCGCCUGUUCAAGCCUCUUGGUGCCACGCGCCCCGUGACCGAGCCCUUUUUCGAUUUCAUCCUGGGUCUGGGCGACGUCACCGUCCUCGCGACGAGCCCGAGCUUGGAGUAUCCCAUCCACAACAAGCCCUCCAGGCUGCGCUUUAUCGGUGGCCUGCCCGCGAAGCCCCCCGACCCGGCGUUCAUCUACCCCGCCUGGUGGCCCACCAUCACCACGAACGCCGCCCUCCCUGAGGGCUCGCCCGACAGGAGGAAGCUCGUCUUCGUGACCCAGGGCACCGCCCACUGCAACUACGCCGAUCUGCUCAUCCCCACCAUCCGCGCCCUGGCCGGGCGCGCCGACCUGCUCGUCGUGGCCACCCUCGGGCGCCACGGCACCGCGCUCGACAGCGGCGUCGCGCUGCCCGCUAACGCCAUCGUGGUCGACUACCUGCCCUACAACGCGAUCCUGCCCUACACCGACGUGUUCGUCUCCAACGCCGGCUACGGCGGCUUCAUGCACGGCGUCAUGAACGGCGGUCCCAUGGUGCUGGCCGGCACCGCAGCCGACAAGGGCGAAGUCAGCUGCCGCGGCGAGUACGCCGGCAUGGCGGUGAACUUGAGGGCUCAGGCGCCCGGCGAGGACGCCAUCGCCGCGGCCGUCGACAAGGUGCUGAAGGAGGAGAAGUUCAAGGCCAGGGCGAUGGAGUUCAAGCGGGAGAAUGAGGAGCUGGACGCGCUUGGCAGUUUCGAGCGCAUUAUCGAGGAGUUGGUUGGGAAGCAGUAG